GUACAAUGGUGCUUUGCCUAAUGGUGACAGGGGCAGGAGAAAAAGCAGAUUUGCCCUCUAUAAGCGGACCAAGGCCAAUGGUGUCAGACCCAGCACAAUCCAUGUGGUCUCCACACCCCAGGCAUCCAAGAUUCCAGAAGUUGUUUUGCUGGAUGCAGAUCAGAAGAAACUCAGUGUUCAUGAAGAAACUACCAAUGGCGGAAGAGCGAGAGUGGGAGACAGAGAAGUGGAAGAACAGAGCAGAGAAGAGAAGAGAGAGAAGAGAGAGAGAGAGGGGUCGACCAUCGGAAACAGAGCCAGCGCUAUCAGCUGCAGAGGUCAGCACAGCAUAUCCUACACUUUGUCAAGGAGCCAGACUGUGGUGGUGGAGUACACACAUGAUAAAGACACGGACAUGUUUCAGGUGGGCAGAUCAACAGAAAGCCCUAUCGACUUCGUGGUUACAGACACUGUUUCUGGCUGCCAGAACGAUGAUGCCCAGAUCACACAGAGCACCAUCUCUAGGUUUGCCUGCAGGAUCGUGUGUGACAGGAGUGAGCCGUACACAGCACGCAUAUUCGCAGCUGGAUUCGACUCUUCCAAGAACAUAUUUCUUGGAGAAAAGGCAGCAAAAUGGAAAAACCCAGAUGGACACAUGGAUGGGCUCACUACCAAUGGUGUUCUGGUGAUGCACCCUCGAGGAGGCUUCACCCAGGAGUCCCAGCCUGGAGUCUGGCGAGAGAUCUCUGUCUGUGGAGAUGUGUACACCUUAAGAGAGACCAGGUCGGCCCAGCAGAGGGGAAAGCUGGUGGAAAGUGAGACCAAUGUCCUGCAAGACGGCUCCCUCAUUGACCUAUGUGGGGCCACUCUCCUCUGGAGAACAGCAGAUGGCCUUUUUCACACUCCGACUCAGAAACACAUUGAAGCCCUCAGGCAGGAGAUCAAUGCAGCCCGACCCCAGUGUCCUGUGGGCCUCAACACCCUGGCCUUCCCCAGCAUCAAUCGGAAGGAGGUGGUGGAAGAGAAACAGCCCUGGGCAUACUUGAGCUGUGGCCAUGUGCACGGCUACCACAACUGGGGCCAUCGGAGUGACACGGAGGCCAAUGAGAGGGAAUGUCCCAUGUGCAGGACUGUGGGCCCCUACGUCCCUCUGUGGCUGGGCUGUGAGGCAGGAUUUUAUGUUGAUGCUGGACCCCCAACUCACGCCUUCACCCCCUGUGGACACGUGUGUUCAGAGAAGUCUGCAAAGUACUGGUCUCAGAUCCCACUGCCUCACGGGACUCAUGCGUUUCAUGCCGCCUGUCCGUUCUGCGCCACACAGCUGGUUGGCGAACAGAACUGCAUCAAAUUGAUUUUCCAAGGUCCAGUGGACUGACACCCUGGACAGCCAUCAAUGCAUUAUUAACAAGUUACUGUGAAGAUUUUGCCACUAACUCUAGAUUCUACCUUUUUGUAAUGCUGUUUGUUAAGGGAAAGGCAGAGUGGGUUGGGAAAAGGGGUGGGUGGGGGGAUCUGGUUAUGAAACAUGGCAGGAGUUGACAGAAACCACUGUGUUUUGCAUGCUUGGAACAGCAGCAGCAUCGUUGAGGUCUGCCUGGUUCAACCUUAAUACCUGUGUAAUAAUUGGAUUUCAACUACCAUGCUUUUAUUUUUAACUUCGGGUUUGUAACUGAGUUUUUCCUUUUUCUUUAUAAACUUGGAUAAGAUUUUGCAUCCUUUUUUACAAAUGUAGAAGAAAUGUAUUCAACAGAUGUCUCUCGGUGCACAGCCUGCAGUGUUGCAUGGCACAGGUGUCACCCACAAGAUGUGCAGUGGCUGGAAAUACUUGACAGUGGCCAGAAUUUGACCCAGUACCAAAGGGCCAGCUCUGCCGGCCCUUCCAGACGCACCCAGCAAACAGGAGGCAUAGGCCACGCACCUGUUUUAAAUCAACAGCUUUUUUUCCUCAUUUAUUUUUCUGGCUUUGGGUGGAAGGGACUGUCCGUAUACUAUUUUAUUUUAACUUGAGCAGGGUUUAUUUGCAUACUAAUUCAUCAGAUACUCUGCAUGUCAAACAGAUUUUUCCCAUAGGUUUUUAGUCUGCCCUGUUGUUUUUGUUUAAUAUGGGUUGCCUUUCAUCCUCAUCUUACACGUCAAAAAUGUUUGAUUGAUUGAUUGAUUGAUUGAUUGGAAUCUAGCAGCUUUUUCGACAUUCAUGAGCAGCGGGUGGCAGUGGCUGCUGUAGACAUGAGCUAAGGGGGGCUGUUGCAGCUGUGGGCAUGUCCUGCGUACUCUAAUACCAGCUUCAUCUACAUACCAGAUUACUUAAGACCCAGAGAGAUUUAAAAUAGGAUUUUACUUUUUAAAGCCACUUGUUGGCACUUCGUAGUAUGGCUUCCUCCCUCUUCCUCGUCCAUUUUUAGAAAGCUAAAUUUUGUGAGCCCCAAAGCAACAAAUGACAGUAAGAGAGUCAUUUUUGUUCACUGCCUUCCCACCAUCUGUCACCUUCCCUUCCAGGUUAAGGAGCCCCAGAAGUUCUGAAAAUGUUUGCAAAUCCAACUAAAUUUCAAUGUGAUGAGUUAGAUACACUGAGCACAUCUGCAGAGCAAGGGGGUGUUCACUGAGAAAUAAUUACAUCAGAAUUUCAUAAGAGUUGUGCUAUCCCUCUCUGUUAGUUUCAUUUUGUGUUGAUUAAUAAUUCCUGAAUGCUCAUUUCCUAUGUCUGGUGCCAGGAGUAUUGUAGCUUUCAGAAUGUAGAGACUGUUGGGCUUAGCUACAUUCUACCCCUUCCCAGGGAGAAAGUCUGCAGUUAACCUAACAUCGGUUUAAAUGGACCGUCAACAGAUUUGGGCUGCCUGGUUUAGCUUUUGUAAAUAAUGUAUAAUUUAUGUGAGUCUGAUAUACUAUGUCCAUACUUGAAUUGGUUUUUCCAUAUUUUGCCCAUUUGCAGGUAUUUGGCCUAUUUUCAGCAAAUUAAACUUAUUUGAAUACUUUUUCUUAAAAGCAAAAAGUAUAUUAAUUACUCUUCAAUGUUGCUGCUGUUUGACUAAAGUUUUAAAAUAGUUUUAUCUACCCAUGGAGACCAUUUUGAAGGUAGAGGGGUUUUGUUUUGUUUUGUUUUGUUUUAAUUUUAUUUGUGAUUUGGAAAUCCAGCAACAGUGUUCCCUCUGUUAGUUGCCUCUGUUCUACGUAGAUUACCUACACGGAAGGAAUGAAGGAAGAAAGGAAAAGAACUUUCUAGAAAAACCUAUUGGAUGCCAUCUGAGUCAUCCAGAGCCUCCAGCACUGGUUUUCAGUGAAGGAUAAAGGGCUCACUGCUUCCUCCUCUUGUUACAUGGAGAUAGUUUGAGGAUUCUUGAUAUCCUAGGAUUAUCUUCUGCAGUAAAGGGUGUUAGAUCCAGAAAGGUUGAAUUUCAACUAUGAAAAUACAAAAGCUUUUAUUUUUCAAGUAUAUUCCACUGAUACCAGACUUCUCUGUGUCAAGGAUAUAUAAGUCUACUAGUUCUGUGCAUGACACGUGCCCCUAAGUAAGGGAGCAUCCGACCUUCAAAAUCUAUGGCAUGGCAGACUCAGAUAGCUCAAGCACAACUUGAAAUUCCGGUAAUAAACUGCAAGCUCUUUAGUGGCCGUAGGCCACCUUUACUGUUUCCUUUGGUUUCCCCAUGAGGUUCUCCUUCCUUCCUGCCAGGGGACUAGCAGUGGUGUCACACCUGCAAAGGGAGCCAUGCUGACUUGGACCACCUCUGAUAAGAUCACUUUGUGCUGAGGGAAGGAUUUUCAAAUCUGAAAGCAAUUUAGUUUGUAAGAAUAAAGGAUUAGUUCAUCCAUGUAGAAUGCUAAGAGUUGAGAAAAGGAAACUUCCCCAAGGUCACUUCUGUUUUCAUGCUUGGCUUGUCAUCACAUUUAAAAAAUGAAUCCUAAACCACCCCCCCCCACAUGUCCAUAAAUCACCAACCACUUGCCCUGGUCUCCAGCCUGACCAGUUUGCCUUUUGCAAAUACGUUUCCAUAUGUAAAGCCCUAGUUACAUGCUUCCAUAGAUAAUAGGUUUUUUUUCAGUUCUUUGUGUCAUUUUAUUACAAAAAAUAAUCAGAGUGAAUGGGACAGAGCUCUGAAUAUUUUUCUAGUGUUUGAUUAUUAUUGAUCGGUGCUGCUGGGUCAUGCACACUGCAGCUGCCAACAUUUCUCUAAUUUCGUUCAGCUUUUUUGCAAAAAAGGCUACAGUUCACACUGCAGAGUAUUAAGCUUUCUAGAUCCCCCCCAACACACACACACACACAAACUUCUGUAGCCAGAGAGAAUUAAAAAUCUUUUAAUAUAAAGAGAGCAUAUUUAUAUCAUUCCUCAAUAGUUAAUUAUAGGGUUUGGUACCUUUGUGCCUCAGGGAAGCCACGUGAUGUAACUGGUUAUAGACUUUCAGGGUUAGGAUGUAGAGAAAGGAGAAAGCCAUUGGAAACUGUGAUGGGCUCCAUUGAGACAAUUAACCUAGUACAGAAGUAUGCCAGGACCGGCGUAAUGUGAUUGUAGUAGAAUUUGUUUCCCAGGAUUAGUAGGGAAAUCAUCUUAAGUUAUUACAUAUGCUGUGUUAGGAGAGUUAAGAACUCUCCAUCAAGCAUCAACAUCUCUUAUUUUUGCUUACCAAUCUCUGUUAUUAGGAGCUCAGUGUUGAUAUUUGGACACUUUUAGGAGUUUAGGGGACAUGUUUUCUUCUUAAGUGUACUAAAGGUUGUUGCGUGGUUUCACUCACCUUCUUUUCUCAGAACUGGUCUUUUCAUUGGAUGUGCACAAGAGGUGGACAGUUGUGCCGCUGACAGUGCUGUCUUCAUGCAGUCUUGCCUCUCACAGUGAAGAUGCAGACACACAGGCCCUAGGACCUUGAUUUCAAGCCACAUGUGGUUCUGUUCCCUUGGCUGUCAAUCUCAUGACCCCAUAGUUCUGCCUUUGUGGACUAAGAGUCUGAAGCUCCUGCUAUGGUGGUAGACACAGCUCCAGUCACUGCGUUAGGAGCCAAGGCCAAUGAGAUAACUUGAGAAUAUUUUUAGAAGACGCUAAACAUUACUGAAGAGGUAAAACAAAGUUCUGUCUUGUCUUUAUAGUAAUAUGUCCUCACAAGUGUCUGCCCUCCGACUCCCUAGUGAACAAUAGAGAAAAACAAAUAUAUUUUCCAGUUCAGCUUAAUUUUCUAAACAAAAAUCAACACACUGAAAGGGAUGUUCUAUCUUUUAAGCUGAGAUCACAGAUUGCUUCUCUGUAUUAAAUAAUCUAGAAGUUAGGGGGCUGGUCAUAUUUACCAUGUAUAGUGUUAUAAGCAGUUAAUUUUUUUGGCUAUAUUUGUAAAAUUUGUUCUUUUAUAUUUCAUGUCAAAUUGAAAAAUUUAUUUCUUCACUGUUGUACCUGUGGAAAUACAAGCCAUUUUACAGGGGGAAAAAAAUCUUGAAAAGCUAUUAAACAAAUCUCACCAUGUUUGUAA